AUGUUUAAUCUUCUAAAUAUUUAAAAGAGAUAAUCAAAUGGCAGUACUAAUUUUGAUGACGAAAAAGGAAUAAAUAAAAAUUUUUAGUAAAACACUAAAGAAAAGUUUCUCUCUUCAUUUAAAUAGCAGCAGUAAACAGCAACCUUACCUGUCAAUUUUUAAGCUAAUUCUUAAACAUAGUAUGAGAAUAACAACAUUUAUUUCAGGUCAAGUACAAGCCACAAUAACAGAUAAAGUGGUAUGUUAAAACAAAUUCCCAUGAGUGCUUAAGGAAAUUCAAGAAGCUCUCAUCAAAUUCAAAGGUUAGCAUCUGCUCUAAGAGUUCCUAGUGGACAUACAAUUAAUGGAAUAAACUAAUUAGAAUUUGAUUAAGCUAAUUUACCUCAUUCAUAAGAUUAAAUGUCUGUCUUAAAUAACUAAUUUCCUAAUUUCCCUAAUAAAUUUAAAAAAGAAAGAAUCGCCUCUGCAGUAAUGAGUUAGAAGUAUAUUAAGAAACUUGGACCUCGACCUGAAACUAGUAAAAUAAAUCAAACUUAAUAAAUGUAGUAAAAAUAUAUGGAUAUGUUCAACUAACCAAAAAAUUUACUGAAUCAGGUUAUUUCCAUAUAAGAAACUUAGAACUAAUCGAAAAAGUUCUUUACUGAAAAUAGAGUAAAGACGGCAUCUACUCGUUCUUAAACAUAUAAAGAAAUAGAAUCAUUGGCUGAUAUCAAAGAUUUCAAGCAAAUCAUGUAUGAUAAUCUUUAGAAAAAACAGCUGGAAGGUAAAAAUCACAUAACAUUUGCAACUAUAGACCGUGCUAAAACAGCAAAUGAGCUAUAAAGAAAGACAAGUUAAAACAAAGCAAAUUUGAAAAAUUAAGAACUAGAAAAUAUUGAUGAUGAAUCAGAAAAUCCUUCCAAAAAAAGCGAAUAAGUUAGUUACCAAUUACCCCCAAGAGCAGAAACUGCUUAAAUUGGGUCAGUUUCUUCAAAUACACUUUAAAAAGAAGCAAAUAGACUAAAUAAUGAUGUCCACAGUCACUUAAAAAAGCACAUGAAUUUAAAAAAUUAAAAUGCACAAGGAAGCACUACUAAUCUAUAAGAGAGACCAUAAACAAAUGCUGUUGGAUAAAGAUAGCCAGUAAGCAAUAAUUUUUUUGGAGACCUAAAACCUUAAGAGGAAUUAUAAAAUCAAUAUGAUUAAAAUUAUAAAAUAGAUGAAUAGCAUUAAAACGCUUAGAUAGAUAAUUACAAUAAAGUUACUAAUCAGAAACUAAAAUAGGAUUUUGUUAUAGGUUAGGAGUAAGAAUUUACAAACAAGAGAAAAAAUGUUUAGAUACACUUAGAUUCUACGCUAAAAGAAAAGCUUUAAAUUGAUUUAAAUAAAUCUUCAUAAAAUCCUCCUAGCUCUGCUUUGAAAUCACCUUCAACAUUCAAUAAUACACCUAAAUCAUUUAAAGGCGUACAACCAACUCCUAAGAAUACUAAAUCUUUAGGGAGAAAGAGUUUUAAAAAUUAAAAUAAUAAGAAUGAUCCUUAAUCCCUGAAUUAAUUGAAUUAGCAGGACUAUGAGAAUGCUUAAAAGGAAGAAAUAGUGUUUCGUCUCAAUUUGAAAAGCAAAGCUUUGACUCAGGCAGAAUUAAACUACAUCAUUAAGAAUAGAAGAUAGUAUUAGCAAGAUUUAUAGCCAUAUAUGGAAACACUAUAGAAAUAAUUUGAUGAUAAUCAUACAGAUUUAUUUGGGUCUAAAAAAUAAAUGACUUUUUCAGUUUUAGAUGUUCCAACGAUUGUAAAUUUAGAAAAUCCAAUUAGCAAUUCUGAAUAGAACCUACAUAAUAAAGAUGUUGUAAUAAACUAACAAAAUAUUGUUGAAUAAGAAAAGUUCUUUUUUGAUCAUCCAAACAACAUUCAUGAUCAACUCAAAGAAUAUGGCGAAGAGCUAAGAUAAAAGUUUGAAAAGUAUCAUCUAGAGGAUCAACUAGAUUUUAAAAGAUUUUAAUAGAAAAAAGAAUAAUUUGUUUAUAAUUUCUUAAAUACCAAUGAAGAAGGUGUUAGUUAACACGAACUAAAUCUUAUUAUGGAAGAAUAUAAAUUACCAUCAAAUGAAAGAGAUUAUGAAUUCUUAGAUACUAUUGCUGAAAGACUCAAAUUCUUUAAGAGAUUUACAAAGCCAACUAGGAUGUAUUUACUUAAGUUAGCAAAUAUAGUGCAAUAUCCAGCUGACUAAAUUAUUUUCAAUUAAGGAGAUGAAGGUGAUUUAAUGUAUGUUAUAAUCAGAGGUGCUUGCCAUGUUAGAAUAAAAAGAAUUAGUCCUGAUGGGAAAGAUGAUAGUUUGGUUGUUGCUACACUCUAUGAUGGAUAGUAAUUUGGUGAAUUGGCUCUUAUGAAUUAAAAGAAAACAACUAACAUAGUCAAAUCAAUCAAGGCAAAUGACCUUGGUCCAAUUAGAAUAUCUCAAAUUAAAAAGGAAUUAGAGAAACAACCUUUAUUUAACAAAGUAGAAGAUCAAGAAGAAGAAGAAGAAUCAAAGAACAAAGACGAUAAAAAGAUUAAAGAUAAAAAUGUAAAAAAAUAAAAGAGUGAGGAAGAUUUAAAUAAAAUGCUUGAAGAAGCCAAUAAAAAUUCAUCUAAAAGAGCUGCAACGAUUGAAACUUGUGAAGUAACAACUCUUUUUACAGUAUCGAGAGAUUAUUUCAAAACUAUAUUGUUGGGACUUAUUUAAAAAGAACUUGAUGUUAAGCUGAAACUAUUAUAGACCUUAUCAUUUUUUGAAUAUAUGGAUCCUGUGAGCUUAAUUCCAUUAGCUAAUUUAGUUGAAGUAAAAAAAUAUAAGUUAGGUGAAAUUCUAGUUAGAGAAGGUCAAGAACCAAAUAAUUUAUUUAUUGUAAGCUCUGGAAGAUUAAAAAUUAUAAAAGAAGAAGUUAUUGUGAGAAACAAUUUCGUUAUGGGAAGAGAAAGAAAAUUCUCUAAUAAAAAAUUAAGCUUUGGAAUUAAAGAUUACACUAAGAUCAUACCAGAAGGAACUGCAAAGAAAAAUACACUAGUUGACAAUACAAAAGUUUCCUAAGAUUCUGAAAGCGAUUAUGAUGACUUUGAUAAUGAUGCUCCUCUUAAAGCUGCUAACUAUGAAAUUAUUUAUGCUGACGACUAAAAUAUAGCAUAUAAAUACCAACAUGAAUUUGGUUCUUUAGUGAGAGGAGAUUUCUUCUUUGGCCGUGCCAUUUUAUUAGAAUACUUAAAAGUGGAUCCAGCAGCUGAAGAUGAAUAUUAAACAGAUCCAAGAGAAAGGGCAAAAUUAACAGUUAUUGCAGACUCAGCUGAAAUAGAAGUAUAUAUCCUUGAAAGAGAUAAAAUUCAUCUCAUUCCCAAUCUUUUAAGACGAACUAUGAUUGAUGGGCUUAUAACAAGAAAAGAAUAUGAUGCCAUUUAUACAACAUAGGUAAGCUAGUGGUCAAAAUAAUGGGAUAAAUAUAAAUCAAAUCUUUUAGAAUAAAUAAAAGUAGAAAGAAUAUACAAAAAUUCUCUUAAAUGA